UUGGCAUGCUGCUCUCCUUGGAUGCUGUCACCCUUGCCACUCAGUGACUUGGCUCUUCUUCCUUGUUCCAUUCCCUCUGCAAAUGAGCUUGACUGGGAGCUCUGCACAAACCCAAUGGCUCUUUGAGGACUAGAUGUAGCUAUCAUAACACAUUCCUGGUUCAUCCACAGGGAUCUGCACAGGCUUGAGAGUUGUGCCCAUAUGAACCUCACGUGUGCCCCAUCCCCAGUGCUGCUACAGGCCAUGGAUGGGCUCUGGGCAGCCUGCUCUGGUGGGGGCAGCCAGCCCAGGGCAGUGGUUGUGGCUGGGGGGCUGUAAUGGCCCUUCCAAUCCACCUGUGCUGUGAUGCUAUGAAACGGUUAAUUCUAGCCUUCCCAAAGGCAGGGCUUCAGAAAGUUAUUAAAGCCUGGAGAUGAACUGAGUGACUCUGGCAAUUUAAAACUUCAGAAGGAUUUUUCUGCCCCACGCAGGUGCCGAAGGACGCCUGAGGCUUGGUGCCAGCAGGUGGCUGCCAUGCGAGGCUGUGCCCGACCCCUCGCUGCUCUGCCCACCAUCCCUGCUGCGUGCCCAGCGCGCUGCUGCUCUGCUCACCAUGGGAGGAUGCUUCUCCAAGCCCAAGCCAGUUGAAGUGAAAAUUGAGGUUGUGAUACCUGAGAAGGAGAGGAGCAAGGAGGAAAUGUCACCCAACGGGAAAGCCAGCCCAUUGGUUUACAAAGUCAAUGGGACUGCCCGGCAUUACCAUCUCGAGGAGCAUCCCAUUGCCAGCAAUCCCUACCACAACCCAAAGGAUGUAGUGGAAGCAUCUGUGUGCCAUGUGAAGGACCUGGAGAAUGGACAGAUGCGUGAGGUGGACCUGGGCUGUGGGAAGGCACUGCUGAUCAAGGAGGGUGGAGAGUUCUACGCCAUGGGACACAAGUGCCCCCACUACGGGGCCCCACUGGUUAAAGGGGUUUUGUCCAAAGGAAGGGUUCGCUGCCCCUGGCACGGGGCUUGCUUCAACAUUGGCACUGGUGACAUCGAAGACUUUCCUGGCUUGGACAGCCUGCCCAGGUUCCAGGUGAAGAUUGAGAAGGAGAAGGUGUACAUCCGAGCAAGCAAGCAGGCUCUUCAGACACAGAGGAGGACAAAGAUGAUGGCAAAGUGCAUCUCCUUGAGCAACUACAACCUGAGCAGUACCAACGUGCUGAUCAUCGGUGCAGGUGCAGCAGGGUUGGUCUGUGCAGAGACGCUGCGCCAGGAGGGUUUCUCAGACAGGAUUGUCAUGUGCACGAUGGACAGACACUUGCCCUACGACAGACCAAAGCUCAGCAAGUCGAUGGAUUCCCACCCAGAGCAGAUUGCCCUGCGUCCCAAGGAGUUCUUCCGCACGUACGACAUCGAAGUCCUGACAGAAAUGCAGGCUGCGGCUGUGGAUAUCAAGAACAAGACGGCUGUGUUCAAGGAUGGAUUUAAGAUGGAGUAUAACAAACUGCUGAUAGCGACUGGAAACACGCCCAAAGCUCUCAGCUGUAAGGGCAAGGAAGUGGAAAACGUUUUCAACAUCCGGACGCCAGAAGAUGCGAACCGCGUGGUGAAGUUGGCCACCAGCAAAAAUGUGGUUAUAGUGGGAGCUUCCUUCCUUGGAAUGGAGGUGGCUGCCUACCUGACAGAGAGGGCCCACUCAGUGUCAGUGGUGGAGCUGGAGGAGGUCCCAUUCAAGAAGUUCUUUGGGGAGAGAGUUGGCCGUGCUGUCAUGAAGAUGUUCGAGAGCCACAGGGUGAAGUUCUACAUGCAGACUGAGGUGUCGGAGCUCCGGGAGCAGGAGGGCAAGCUGAAGGAGGUGGUGCUGAAGAGUGGGAAGGUCCUGCGUGCAGACGUUUGUGUUGUCGGUAUAGGUGCAGUGCCAGCGACAGGAUUUCUCAAGCAGAGUGGCAUCAAUAUUGACUCCAAAGGCUUUAUUGUGGUCAACAAGAUGAUGCAGACCAACAUCCCUGGAGUUUUUGCAGCUGGUGAUGCUGUCACAUUCCCACUGGCCUUGAGGAACAAUAAGAAAGUGAAUGUCCCCCACUGGCAGAUGGCCCACAUGCAUGGCCGUAUUGCAGCACUGAAUAUGCUGGCUCAUGGCACGGAGAUCAGCACAGUCCCCUAUUUGUGGACUGCAAUGUUUGGGAAAAGCAUUCGAUAUGCAGGCCAUGGGGAAGGAUUUGAUGAUGUUGUCAUUCAAGGGGACUUGGAUGAACUGAAGUUUGUUGCAUUUUAUACCAAGAGUGAUGAGGUGGUGGCUGUGGCCAGCAUGAACUACGAUCCCAUUGUCUCCAAAGUGGCUGAGGUCCUGGCUGCUGGCAGGGCCAUCCGAAAACGUGAUGUGGAAACUGGAGACAUGUCCUGGCUAACGGGGAAAGGCUCCUAACACAGACAUGACUGCAACCUCCUGAUACUGCGCUGGCCUCGAGGAGAUGGGGAUGGCUGCAGAGCUCCACGGCACGAUGCAAAUAAUGCACCCGAGUCAUUUUCCCUUGAGACUUGGCCAAACCCAGCCUUUUUCACCCAGCAGUCACCUUCCCAGCAGCUCUGUGCAUGCAAACUGCCGCCAGCUCUCCUGGCCCUGCAGCCAGGUGUGGGGUCAGUGGGUGGAAUUCCCACUGAAAAGUCAGAAAAACAGACUCUGGGGGAGCAGGGUUGGCACCAGCAUGGCUGGCAAGGAGCUGCAGACUGCUGACAUGGGUGCCACGGUGCUGAUGGGUGCCACAUCCAUGCUCUCCAAGCGGCACAACGAGAGCCCCAAGCACAUCCCUUCACCCUAUGAACAGCAUGAGUGCCUUUUGUUGUUCUCUGUGGCCAGUACAUGCUCUCAAGCACAUUGCUCCUUCCUAGAUCCUCUUUCCUCCCCAUGGAACCCAGCAUCUGCACCUUCUCCUUAGUGGUUAUGGAAGGAUUGAUGUUGCUGCUGACAUGCUACUCCAGGAAGAAUAGUUGGAGGAGUAUUUCUGGCUGUUCUCUGCCCUUAGUCAUUUACUCUUCCUGUCUCCUUGUGGCAGGGCUACAUAUCUCAUCUCAGCUGGCAGUGUCAGUGCUCUGUGGCUUGCUGCUCCUGGCUGGCAAGAAGGGCCCUGGUUCUUACUCAGGAGUGGAGGUGGCCAGUCCAGAUCCCUGUGUUUGUCCACCCAGCAGAGCCAGGUGUGAGAUUCCCCAUGGACAGCUUCCAGUUCCACAGCUCCUUUGGGAGCUUUGUUCCCCAUCUGUCACUGCAUUACCCUCAGCCCAAAGCCAGAGAGUUGUUAUUUUCAGUUAGAUUCAACCCUCCCUUAUGAAUGAAAGCGGUGCUUCAGUUGUGAUCCAGACCUUUUCUGUUUCCUUCCAAGCCCAGCAGCUUGACCAGGUGGUGCCUGCACCUCCUGUGCAGGAUUCCAUUGGUGUCCCAUGUCCUACUCAUUUCCAGACUUUCAGAUCUUUGCUCAGAUGGCAACAUCAGCAGACAGAUGUCUGUCACAUCACCUCUUGGUCCCCUCUGCUUUCACUGCUUUCACACAGUGUGAAAGAGGUGUGACCAGUGGUGGCAGUAGGCAGGGAUGUGGGCACAGUGCCCAGCUGCUGCUUUGGACCCAUGUGCCCCAUGGGCAGAUGUGGUUUUGCAUCACAUUUUGCAUGGGGCUGCUGGGGUGGCCAGAUGCAAUCCAACAGCAUUGGGAUCAUUUACCUGCUAUUGCUCUGCUCCUUCUUUCCUCAUUGUGUGUCCUGACAGCAGCCCCAGCACAGCAGCUCUGUGUGCUCCCCAGCAGAGCCUGGCUGAGCUUUUCCAAAGCGGACACCUUUCUGCUCACCCAAAGGCACCAUCCUCUGAAGUCCUCCCAGACAGAUUUCCAGUGUGUUUUGCUUUUCAGGAAAAGCACAUCCUGUCCACAUAUGGCCAAAUAGACCAGCAGGACCUCAUGGGCUUUUCUACUGGUUCAUCAGCCUUCCUCAGUGCACUGUCCUAGUCUAGUGACAGACCAGCACUCAGAGCAUGCUGUAUUUACUCCAUACCUUGUAAUGUUGCCUGGGAUAUCCAUGUAGCAUAGGGCUUUUUCCCACAAGGGAGCCCUUGGUGGGCUUCAGCCAGGUGUGCACUGAUCUCCUAGCACUCCCUCCUUCUUCCCAGCAGCCUGUGUGAUGUACUCCACAGCUUAGCUUUGGCUUCAGCAAGUAGAAAAAUCCUUUUUAUUUGGUUUCUCACAUCCCUUACCAGGGUCUGUCCCUUAACAACUGCUUUGCAACGGCCUCAAUAGCAGCAGCAGCCAGACCAGGCACUGGCAGCAGCUGCUGCCCGAGGCACCUCCUGGGAUGGGGUGAAGGCUGAAGAUCACAAGGAGAGCCAUUGGGGGCUCACACCUGUGUGGGGACCCACACGUCCAUGAUGGGGACCACCUGCUCCAGUGGGGGUAAAAAGCUCCAUGGGCCUGGGGACUUUAGGACUCGUUUCUGGCAAUGUCACCUCAAUGCCAGCAUGGAGAUUGCGGAGCACUUCUGCUGCAGUGUCCCUUCUGCAAGGUGAAGGGUCUCAGGGGAUGGGACACAUCCACAUCCGUCAGGGAAUUUUAAGCAAUAAUGAUGCUGAUACAAUGCAGCGGGGAGAGGGUGCAAUGGGGCAGAGUGCUGCAUGGAGGGGAUGGUGGUGACAGAGGGACAGCCACCACCUGCUGCUGCCCCACUGCUGGAGAUGCUCUGUACCCUUGGGCUCAGUGUCUGGGAGCUCUCGCUGUGGCAAUAAAGGCCCUUCCCCAGCAGCUGUGUACCACAAGAGCCAAUGGCUGCCUGGCCCCACGCAUUACCCUGAGCAGUUGCUGCCUUAAUUCCCCUCCUGCUAAUCCCAGCUUUGCUGCCAGCCAUGGCUGCACACACACUGCUGCCCCACAACCUGCGCCGGGGUCUGACGGCCUUCAGUGGUGCCCUCUUCACCACCAACAAGACAUGGGACAGCAGCACUGCUCACCUCUACCAUCCAGGUACCCCGGGGAGUUUGACUC